GUGGGUUAGGGUGAAAGGUCGUGCCUUACACCCCCGCCAACCUCCACCAUCUCAUUCAUUGUGAAUGAAUUUUUUUUUUUUUUACAGCUAUAUUUGGAGACGUGAUGUCACGAGCGGUUUGAGUGCAACACGUAUAAAUGUUGGCGCGUCGGGAGACGACGUGGCAAAGCUCUGGACUGCUCCACGAGAAAUCCUGCUGCAAUUGGCAUCACCCGCACGAGAUCAGUCAUGUAUCAUCCGAGGGUCCCUGCGCUCGUCUUAAUUCUGUUUGGAUUGUUGCCGUGCAUCGCCGCUGUUCCGAGCAACAGACACUCCAGUUCCAGCUCAUUCGGCGAAGAGGAUAGUCCUCGGCCUGAUGACCGAGAAUGGCCCGCGUUCCCCUUCUCCAACCCCUUCCUCGGGAUCAUGGCCUCACGAGAAGUCCCGGAUAAGAACAGCCACGUCAUCCAGAAGAGAAAAUGCAACACGGCCACCUGUGUCACCCAAAGACUAGCGGACUUUCUGGUGCGUUCCAGUAACACCAUCGGGACGGUGUACGCGCCGACCAACGUGGGAUCGGCCACCUACGGCAAGAGGGAGCUACUUCUGCCGCCUAACUACUACUUUCCUCUCUAGUACUCGAUAACCAGUAUAUGGUAACUGUACAAAAGUGUUUUCUUCAGUUGUUUUCGUGCUUUUCCACAGUGGCAUGAUGUGAAAAUAAAAAGAAUAAAAAAGCUGACAUAUUUCGAGG